CGGCCGCGUGAGGCGAUCGCGAGAUGGCGGCGGCCGAGGCGGUGGCGGCGGCGCCGCUCUUGGCGCUGGAGCCGCGGCUGCAGCGCGAGUUCCAGGAGCAGGUGCAGCGGGUGCGGCAGAGCCGGGCGGCCAAGGAGCGGCUGACGGCGGGGACCGUGUACGUGGGGCACGUCCCGCGGGGGCUGGGCGAGCCCCAGCUCCGCGAGUACUUCGGCCAGUUCGGGACCGUCACGCGGCUGCGGCUCUCCAGGAGCAAGAAGACUGGAGGUAGUAAAGGCUAUGGAUUUAUUGAGUUUGAAUCGGAUGAUGUGGCAAAGAUUGUUGCAGACACAAUGAACAACUACCUGUUUUGUGAAAGACUUCUGAAGUGUCAGUUCAUACCUCCUGAAAGGGUUCAUGAAAACCUCUUCAAAGGCUGUGACAGAAAGUUUCAGAAGCCUUCGCAGCCAGCAGUCAAGCGGUACAAUAAGAUACGUUCUGUCAGCGAGAAGGCAAAGAUGGCAAAGCGACUGCUGCGGAAGGAGAAACUUUUACGGAAGAGGCUGGCUGAAAAGGGGCUUGAUUAUGACUUCCCAGGAUUUGCUGCGCAAAAGCUUCACCUAAAGAAAAAGAAAGCUAAAAAAUCCAAGCCAAAGAUGAAUGUUUCUUUGAACAGCCAGGAUCCUACUCCAGUCUGUACUCCUACAGUGCUUGAGCGCCGGAAAGCUCACGAGGCAGAUGAUGACACAGAGGACAAUGAAAUAACUGUCCGACUGCCCCCCAACAGUGUUGAUAAUGCUGUGCAGAGACCAAAAAAACAGCCAAGAAAAAAAACAAACCUGAAGAAACAGAAAUAAAGUUUUAAUGUCUAUAGCUAA